AUGGCAAACAACUCAAACAAGAACCUUGACGCGGAGACGUCCAAGUUCUUCAUCGACUCGGACGAGGCCCGCGGUGUAAACCCCUUUGAGGCGGCCUCCCUUGAUAUUCCUCAGACUGCCCGACCGGACAGCAGCUCUCCUCUCGCAAAAAAGUUUGCUGAGCAGGAGGACGAGGCCAAGGGCCCAUCUAAUACUCGCUUCACUCCCACGCCGCGCCCGGAGCCCAAGGCCGACAAGUCGGUGGCCGAGAUCCAGGCGCAGAAGGUGCCUCGCAAUGCCUGGAUCUGUUGCAUUUGCGAGGUCACCAAUCCGUUGGUCGGCCCGGCUUGCUGGCAGUGCAAGUCUCAUUAUGCCUGCACCCGAUGCUACUCAGCGUAA